UCUCAAUCUUAACCUCAAUCCAUAGGAUGAACUUUCUUGUCCAAAAAAAAUGUUGUAGAAAUUCGCCGUCGUUAAUCUUUUUUUUUGCCGUUUCUAUGAUAUUAGUUGUCUGCCCAAAUUGCGCAGGGCUUGUUCCCUGAGGACUGAACUACAGAAAAAUGGAUAUGGAGUGGAAUGGCAACUCUCAGCAAAUUGAAAGUGACCUGUGGGAGUUCCUCAACAAGAAGUCUUUGGUGAAAAUCACUUUGGUGAAGCGGACCUGGAGGGAAGCGUCGUCGACCUGCUGCAAGCAAUUGAAGGAAUAGUGCGAAGAGCGAGGAUGGCCCCCGUCUCGUCCAGCUUGCGGAAGGACGUGGAGUGGCUGAUUAUGAAGGCUCGGUCGGUGUGGAGCGAUGUAGCGGGAAUAGUUGUAACCCUCCAGCAAUGGCGAGAGAAGCACGACGCGAUCGUGAGUGGCGUCACGGACGCGCGAGCUCGCCGACUGCACACUCUGCAGCUGGAGGCACUGGAGAAGUGGAUAGCGGACAUGCGGGACCAGAUUUUUGAGCUGGAGGUGUGUCUUGUCAACGAGGAACAGGGUUUCCCCGUGGGAACAGACGGGGGUAGUUUCCGCUUCGAAAGAGCUGCAAAAAAGACUGCGGCCACCCUGGGGAUGUUGAACCUUUCUAGAAUAUACCAACAGCUGAGGUACCUGUUGGACAACAUUCACAAGGCCCUGCGCGGGAACAGUUGCAGCUUUGUAGAUGUUGGGUUCGGCGGGUGGGGGAAACGUAAUAAUGACCAGAUGAAGGUUUUGAACUUUCUCGAGAAGAAGCUGCACAAGGAGGUCACAAUUCUCGAACCCGCAGUUGAGGAGGAAGAAGAACCGCUUGACCAUUCCACAACUACCGAGGAUACCACGCGGCGGGGCGGUGAUGUGGAAACAAAGAGGAAAGUUGCGGUUACCGGGACGGCGAUCGCCACGUUCGGAGCGGGCUUCGUGUUUGCGGCGCUGCUGGUCCUAGUCGCGAUUGGGUAAGGACUUACUUUUUUUCCUAAAUAAAUGUUGAAAUAUGUUCGCAUGAAGUUCCUGCACGCACCAGAAUUUUGAUACUUACUGGUGGGUCUCUCAACGUCACAACUCUUUUAUACAACAGGCUCGGGUGGCUACAACUGACGAAGGGGGAAUUUCUCCCCCGAAACUGGUAGCGCUGGUCUCGACGAUCAAGAACCUCUUCCUUGCUGGUUUUGAAUGCUGCAAGAACCAAAGUCGGAAACUUCAACUUGAAUAAUUUAGCUGGACUGCUGGAAUGUGAAAUGAAACUGGACGAUGAACACGACGGAAUGAUGUGGAAGUUCGAAGAUGAAGUGCACGGAAAUUUUGCUGAAAAUCGAUGAAGUGUAUAGAGUAAAUAUGGAUGUAUGAGUAUAAAAAGUGAAAUGCUUAGACCGGUGGGGAAGAUAAGGAACGAGUGUAGGUAGUUCAUUGAUAGAUAGCUGUUUCAAUGUAGAACUAGUGUUGUGCCGAAGCUGCUUUAAGCUUGCGUUUAUUGGUCGUGAUGCGACCAAGUUCUGAAAUAUCAGAAUAGCGACGAGAUUGAUAGUACUUACUUCAAACUCCUGACGAGAGCUAACAAGAAAAUCUGCCUUAUGAAACACGGUAGUUCUCCUAGCUACCGAAGCGUCGCUAUUGCGAUUCUGAUGUGACUAUUAAACUAGAGUCGACGUUUAGGAGGUUCAGGGUUGACGCUCUGGCAUGGCAACUAGACCACCGAAUGUUUCUGGC